GAAAUGAAAUUUCAUCAUCACAUUUCCGUCGUUUGUCGUAUUAAGAACGUUAGGUAGACAUUUUGUUUAUGGGUGUUUGGAAAAGUAAAAAGGGUAACGGUCGAUGUACUUACAUCUACAGUAUCAACAUGGGGUCUACUAAAAGUGAUACUGUUAGUAAUACUGUAAAAAGUACACCAAAGCCGUAUGGUAAAGUCAUAUUAACACUAAAAAAUCAAUUGCUUCCUGAAGAAAAACUUUCUCCUACACCCUCACAAUUAGACGGACUUGGGCUUGAAACUGAAACAGAUUUGCGUAUUUAUGGAUGUGAAUUAAUUCAAACGGCUGGUAUAUUAUUAAAAUUGCCACAGGUUGCCAUGGCUACAGGACAAGUACUCCUGCAGAGAUUUUACUACUCAAAGAGUCUUGUACGCCAUCCUGUUGAGCAUACUGCAAUGGCCUGUGUUUGUUUAGCUUCUAAGAUAGAAGAAGCUCCAAGGAGGGUUAGAGAUGUAAUAAAUGUCUUUACCCACAUUAGACAAGUCAAUUCCAAUAAGACCAUCCAGCCGGUUAUUUUGGAUCAAAACUAUAUCCAUCUCAAGAACUUAGUCAUCAAGGCAGAAAGGCGGGUGCUCAAAGAACUGGGAUUCUGCGUGCAUAUUAAACAUCCGCAUAAGAUCAUCGUAAUGUAUCUUCAAGUACUCGGAUACUACAAUCACCAAAAGUUAAUGCAGUACUCAUGGAACUACAUGAAUGAUUCAUUAAGAACUGACAUCUUUGUCCGACAUCAACCAGAGACUGUUGCCUGCGCAUGUAUAUACUUGACUGCAAGAAAAUUAAAGCUACCUCUGCCGAAGAAUCCAUCAUGGUUUUCCAUUUUCGGCGCGACUGAAGAAGAAAUUCGUGAUAUUAGCCUUAGGAUAUUGAAGUUAUAUACAAGACCAAAGCCUAACAUUGAUGAAUUAGAGAAACAAGUUGAAGAACUGUGUGAAAAAUAUAAAGCUGCAAGAGCAAAGGCAAGAGGUUCAGGCAAUGAUACUCCAAACAACACUAGUCCAAGUCAAGAUAAAGUUACAGGAGCUCAUAAUGCUUGGGGAGGUUUUAUAAGUCGGUCUGGAAGUCACGUUGUUCCUACCACUAAUGAUAAACAUUCAAGAUCACGAUCGAGGUCAGCUACGCAAUCUCCUGAAAAUAGACAUAGAAAAAGAGCAAAGAAACACAGAUCAAGGAGUCGAUCUCCAGUCAGAAACCAUAAGAAAACUCACAAGAGGAAAAGUUACUCAAGGUCUAGAAGUACAACGCCACCAAUCAAAUCAAAGAAAAGAUCAAAACAUAGGUCCUCAAGAUCACCAAGCAAUGAUAGGGAUUCAAAGAACGAUCGUUACAUUUAUAGAGAUGAUAAAUACGACAAAGACAGACAUAGGGAUGAUGAUCGAGACAGGUACUCUGAAAAGGAAAAAUAUGAUGAUAAGAAAGAUAGAAAGGAUAGAUACGAUAGAGAUGAUAAAUAUAGGGAUCGAGAUGACAAGUAUUCAUCUAGGGACGAUAGAGACAAAUAUAAAAAAUCCAAACAUCGAGACGAUGAAAAGGUAGAGACUAGAUCCAAGGAUAGAAGAAGGUGAAACAGUGUAAAUAGAUAGUUAUAUUGAUUAACGUUCCGUAUUUUAAUUUUUCUCAUUAAUUUUUCGUUUAAGCAGACGUAUUUGUACAAAUUUCUUGUAAAUAAAUUUAUUUUUCUCUAAA